CGAAAAACAAGAAAAAGAAAAGUGCACUUCACACCGUUCCCGCUGUAUCGUCCGAAGCUCAUCGCUGCGGCUCAGCGUCGGUCUUCACCUGCAUUACUUCCCUAUCUCACCUGGAACGAAAGGCUGUUCUGGCAGCAUUUCAAGUGCAACGAUACUGAAAUGGAGGUGGUGAUAGUACAGUCGGGCUCCAACCGUUCCAUUGCCACAUUAGAAGGGGUGGACCCGUCGGCGACAAUCACAGACAUUAAGAAGCAAGUUCACCGCAUCAAGCCGAAGCUGUACCCCGACCGCCAGUCGCUGAAGAGCGAACCAAAGGGCAAGAGCCUGAGAGAUAAUGAAACCCUCAAGAGCCUCAACUUCAAAUCUGGCAGCCAACUGUACCUCAAGGACCUUGGUCCCCAGAUUGGUUGGAAAACGGUGUUCCUGGUGGAGUACUUCGGACCCCUGGCGCUGUACCUUGUGACUUACACCAGGCCGUCCUUGUUUUACGGUGCAGAUGCGCACACCAAGCCAAUGCACUUUGUGGUGCACGUGGCUGCCGGCUGCUGGGUGAUUCACUAUGCCAAGCGGCUGCUGGAGACGCUGUUUGUUCACCGGUUCUCCCAUGGCACCAUGCCCAUCAUGAACUUGUUCAAGAAUUGCUCAUACUACUGGCUGUUCGGCAUGUACAUCGGCUACUACGUCAACCACCCUCUUUACACUCCACCGAGUCUCGGCGCCCAGCAGAUGUAUGCGGGACUGGCUGCAUUCCUGUUUGCCGAGCUCGGAAACCUGAGCAUCCACGUCGCACUGAGGAACCUGAGGCCCUCCGGCACUAAGGAGAGGAAGAUCCCUGUGGCCACUGCCAACCCGUUCACCUGGCUCUUCGGCAUGGUGUCGUGCCCGAACUACACAUACGAAGUCAUGGCCUGGCUGUCCUUCACCGUCAUGACCCAGUGCGUUCCAGCUGGCCUGUUCACCCUGGCCGGCUUCUACCAGAUGGCCGUGUGGGCGUUGGGGAAGCACCGCAACUACAAGAAAGAGUUUCCCAACUACCCCAAGGACAGGAAGGCCAUCGUUCCAUUCGUGCUCUGAGCCUCCGCUCCCCUCUCGCUUCCAUUGGACGACACUCGCGGGCCAAUCGUCUUUCUUUCUGCGCGCAACAACUCGAGUCUUUUCUGCAGUGUCAGUUCUGUGGCGUAACCUUCGUGCGACCGCCUUUCUUCGAACAACAUUCCGAAGUGUGUGUGUGGGGGGGUGGAAAUACUCAUGUUGGGGGCUUCUUCGUCUGCAUUAAAGCAAACAUUUUCUUUUUCCCUU